AUGGUAAUAACUAAUGAUCUAAGCAGAUAUGAAACCUUUUGGGAAGAUGUUUAUAUGUGCUAAAAUGUCUACGACUGCCUUAAUAAAUAUGUGAUAGGAGGGAUUAGCUUGAUAUUCGUAGCUUUGUAUUCGCAGGCAAUAAAGAGAAUUAAAAAGAAGAAUUCGGUCGACUUGGAUGUGAGGGACAAACUAUUGCUAAGUAUCGCCUUAACAGAAUCUAUAUUUGCUCUUCUCUAUCACAUCUUCUUUGAGCAAUAUAUUCUACUGUUUAUCAUUAGAAUAGUCAAAAUGCUUGAACAAGUGACUAUUUGCUUUAUUUUGGUUGAACUUACACUUCAGAAUCUGCCUCUAAUGAAGUCAUUUUGGAUUACUCUGGGUAGCUGCGUAUUAGCCAUCAUUGUAAUGAUCGCAGUUGUCAUUUACAAAAACACUUAUGAAUUCCUUUACGAGAAAAGCUUUAUAUGGAUCAUAAUUUCCAUAUUUUAAUCAGUGAUAUCUGUAGUCACCUUCCUAUUGACUUGCAUAUUGAUUAAAAAGGAUCCCCAAUGGCAAUCUGAAAAUAGCAAGAACCAGUUUAAACUGAUUAUGAGAAGAAGUAGUGUUGACUUGAAAAGCAAUAGAUAGCUUUUAGACUUUUCGCUGGAGUCUUAUAUGCCUCCCCCAGUAAACUAAAAUCCCUUCCAUAACAGAUAGUCUUCAGCAGUGAACCUAUCGAAUCCAGGUCAAGACGUUAAGAAGCAAUUUAAAAGAGUGUAUUAAGAGCAGUUAGUAAUUAGAAGAUCGAAGCUAUUUUUGCUUAUGAUCACCUCAGUUAGCACAAUAGCAAUUAUGAUGAUCCUUGACAUCUAUGUGUAUGUAUUUCUGUAGAAUUAACAUGGCCAUAAUUUCUAAAUUUACGUGACAAUUAUCAUAAUCACAGGCAGAGUUCUUCAGUAUCACUCUGUGAAUUUGUUCUUCUACUUUUUCCUCUACUGGCCAUAUCGCAGGACAUUCUAGCCUAAAUAAGCCAAUUAUGAUGUUUCUUAUAUUUCAGAGCUAGAAGUAAAUGAUAUCAGCAUAAUUCAAAAGAAAGAGACAUUAGUUGGAUUGGAAUUGUAAAAGAACAUUUCUGAAAGUAAUCCGCAUGUUGUUAAUCAUAAUAAUCAUAAAUAAAAGACUAAUAUGUAUGGAAAAACUAAUAUAGAAACCGAUAAUUCUUAUGCUCUGUGA